AUGACAACAGAAACAGCGAAACAACCUCCUCCAGCAAAAGAAACCUUCCACUUCAUAAACGAUCCCGCAGAAGCCAUCAACGAUGCCCUCACCGGCCUCACCCACCUCAAACCCAACCUCUCCUACAACGCCGAAUACAAAAUCGUCUACCGCAACGACCUCUCCACCUUCAGCGAAUCGCACGUAACAACAAUAGGCUUCGCCGGCGGAGGCCACGAACCCAUGUUCGGAGGCUUCGUAGGCCAUAAUUACCUCUCCGCCUACGUCUCAGGCAACAUCUUCGCCUCACCAACCGCAGCUCAAAUCUUCGAAGCGAUUAAAAUGUGUCAACCCGCAGAUGGACAAAAGAGUAAAGGGACAUUGAUUGUAUGCGGGAAUUAUACAGGUGAUAUUUUGAAUGCUGGAUUGGCGAUUACGAGGGCGCAGGCGGCGGGGUAUAAAGUGUAUUUCAAGCCUGUGGGAGAUGAUGUGGCUGUGGGGAGGAAGAAGGGAGGGAAAGUGGGGAGAAGAGGGUUAAGUGGGCACUUGGUUGCUUUGAAGAGUGCUUGUGCGCUUGCGGAGAGGGGAGAAUCGUUAGAGAGAGUUGCGGAGGUGAUGGAGUAUGUUGCGGAUAAUGUUGGGACGAUUGGAGUGGCGUUUGAUAGGGUCGCUCUGCCGAAUGCUACGUUGACGGAUCUUCAGACUCUGCCUCCGGCGACGAUAGAGCUCGGAAUGGGAGCUCAUGGUGAGCCUGGGUUGCAGCAAAUCUCUCCAAUCCCUUCACCGGAUGCACUGGUGUCGCAAAUGCUUGAUCUCCUGCUCGAUGUUUCUGAUAAAGAUCGAGCAUUUAUUCCAUUCUCGAGAGCAAAGAACCCCACCACAGACAAUGAGGUAGUUUUGUUAUUGAACAGUUUGGGUAGCACGUCGGACGAGGUAUUAGCCAGGUUUGCAGAAUUGGCAAAAGCGGAGCUGGAGAGCCGUGGCUUCGUAGUGCGAAGGCUGACAUUGGGGCCUUUGGUCACAAGUCUGAAGAUGAGCGGCUUUGGUAUCACAAUUUGGAGACUUCCUCCGACCACUGGUGAGACAUUGGAACGCAAAGCGGCUGUGGAGCUUUGGGAUUCUCCAGUUGAUGUUGUAGCGUGGCGGCAGUAA